UCUUCAUUCUGUAUAACUAUGUCUGCGCGUGGAAAAGGAGGCAAAGUGAAAGGAAAGAGCAAGACUCGAUCAUCUCGUGCUGGACUUCAAUUCCCUGUAGGCCGUAUCCACCGUCUUCUCCGUAAAGGAAACUAUGCCGAGCGAAUUGGCGCCGGAGCUCCAGUCUACCUAGCAGCUGUAAUGGAAUAUUUAGCUGCUGAAGUGUUGGAGUUGGCUGGAAAUGCUGCCAGAGACAACAAGAAAUCUAGAAUCAUUCCGCGUCACUUGCAGUUAGCCAUUCGCAACGACGAAGAAUUGAACAAACUUUUGUCAGGUGUUACUAUCUCGCAGGGUGGCGUCCUUCCCAACAUCCAAGCAGUUCUUCUUCCCAAGAAGACCCAGAAAGCCUCUAAGUAAACAUUUUGGUUUCUUAGUAAUAUUAUUAAAGGUCCUUUUUAGGGCCAUUAA